AUGGGUUUUGUGGGGAGUUUGUUGGGAAUCAUUGGAUUUGGAAUUGGAGUUCCAUUAGGCCUUCUUUUGGGCUAUUUCAUAUUCAUUUACUUCCAGCCACGAAAUGUUAACGAGGUUCCAGUCACUGAGCUCCCUGUGGAGAUGUACUUCAACUCCUGGUUUGAUUUUCUAGCUCUGCUUCCAUUGUGGGUGAUGAAGCCAGACUACGAGAGGGUUGAUUGGUUGAACAUGUUUAUACGUUACAUGUGGCCUUACCUUGAUAAGGCAAUUUGUGGCAGUAUCCAAAGAGCUAUGAAACCUUAUUUUGCAGAGUAUAUGGCAAAGUUUCACCUUAAGUCUAUAGACUUUGAGUCCCUUACACUUGGAACUCUCCCUCCAACAAUUCAGGGUCUUAAAGUUUACGAAUCAAAUCAAGACGAGCUAAUUUCUGAGCUUGCACUUACAUGGGCUGGAAAUCCCAAUAUAGAGGUGGCUGUGAAGAUGCUAGCAGCAAAAGUCACUGUACAGUUGAUAGACACGCAGAUAUCAGCAACAGCAAGAAUAACUCUCAAACCUUUUGUCCCAACCUUCCCUUGUUUCUCAACCAUAGCAGUAUCACUGAUGAAAAAGCCAGAGGUGGAUUUCGGGCUGAAGAUCAUGGGAGGAAACCUAAUGUCAAUACCAGGAAUAUACCCCUCCAUACAGGAACUUAUAAGCAAAGAAGUUGCUAAGCUUUACCUGUGGCCCAAAACUCUUGAAAUACCUAUGUUUGAUGGUUCAAUAGGAGAAGUGAAGAAGCCCGUGGGAAUCUUGCGUGUGAAAGUUUUGAGGGCACUGAAGCUCCUGAACAAGGACUUUCUGGGAGCAUCUGAUCCAUAUGUUGUACUAAGUCUCACUGGAGAAAAGAUUCCAGCCAAGAAGACAUCAGUUACGAGGGACAAUCUGAACCCCGAGUGGAAUGAAGAAUUCAAGAUUCCUGUGAAGGAUCCCCAUUCUCAAAUUCUCGAGUUACAUGUCUAUGACUGGGAAAAGUUGGGCUGUCAUGAUAAGUUGGGAAUGCAAGUAGUUCCACUGAGGUUGCUCACAGCAUACGAGAAGAAAGAGUUCACUCUUGAUUUGCUUAAUAGCACAGAUCCAAAUGAUCCCCAUAACAAAAAACCAAGAGGGCAGAUUAUGUUGGAGAUUACAUUUGUGCCUUUCCUAGAAGACAGCAAAAAGUUCACUGAAGUUAUUGAGUAUGGUGGUUCUAGAAGUCUAAGGAUGGAAGUUCCCAAAGAAGAUAACUUGUCUGGUGCUGGUUUACUUCUGGUUACAAUAAUCAGUGCUAAAGAUGUUGAGGGCAGGAAGCACACUAAUCCUUAUGCAGUAAUCACACUCAACGGAGAAAAGAGAAAAACUAAGUCAAUCAGGAAAAACCGGGAUCCAACUUGGAAUGAGGAAUUCGAAUUUCUAUUGGAAGAGGCUCCUUUGAAGGAACAGAUUAAUGUUGAGAUCUCGAGUAAGCCAAGAGGCAUUGGUUUCAUAAGCUCAAAGGAACCUCUGGGGCAUGUGGAUAUAAAUCUUGGCGAUGUGGUCUAUAAUGGACGCAUCAACGAGAAGUACCAUCUGAUCAACUCCAAGAAUGGAAUAGUACAUAUUGAGUUACAAUGGAAAGCCAUCUGA